UUCAGUCUUUAGCCUAAAUUAAGCUAAGCUAAACAUUUGCUGGUUCUAUAUUCAUAUUACCAUACAGACAUGAGAGUUGCAUCAGGGUUAGUUUCCCAAAAUGACAAACUUCCCCUUGAAGAAAAGUCUGUAAAUAUAUUCAAAGAAUCUGUCUCUGUAAAUAAGGUACUCUAUUUUAAAUCCUAUUUGACUGAAUUUCCUAUCAUGUUUUUCUAAAGUAGAACUCACAGACACACUAAGCUCAGGUGCGUGUCUGAUGACCAAGGAUAAUGUAAUUUCUCAAGAGCCAGACAUCCAGUGUGCCUCCCAUAGCUGCUUCCUGUAAUGUUAUUGUCCAGAAGAGCUUAGGCAGAGGAAAUGAGCCUAGCUCGUGCUGUUGUCUCGUCUUAUUGACUGGUCAGACAGGUACAGUAACUGUCAGCAGGCCCCGACUCGUCCCUCUCUUCUUUCUGCCUCACAUUCCAAUCUACGAACCUCGACAUUCCUAUUCUCUCUUCGACCUACCCCUCCUGCUGCUGCCUCUUGCCUUUUUAUUCACACACACAUACAUGCACCACCUUCAAUACUUCUCGAGGUUCCCAGAGCUUUCUUGUUGGUGCUGCUCUGUCUGCCAGCUGAGAGACUUACAACUGAGAAUCUGUGGAAUCUGAGACUGGAUAUGCCUGUGAGGCCCAGAGGUAAUGACGGGUACAGCGUCACCUGUUCAAGUGUUAGACCGGGCUGCCUCGCUUUGAUGGGGUUAUCCCCUCCUUUCAUUUUUCAGCUGAUUUUUCUCCAAGUUGCUCUCAGCAGGCCAAAGGGCGGCAGAAGAAAAAAAAUCACAUUAUUUCUCUGGAAUGCCUUUUAAUAGAGUGCCAAUUGCUAUAUUGUGCAUCUCUGGUUGUCAAGGUGCUAUAUAAGCAUGGAUUCCUGUGUGCCCACCUAUUGGUGCCAGCUUUAGGAAGUCCAAAUACCUCCUGCCCUCAGCUCUGUCGCCUGCAUCACAUGGCGAAGAAAGAAGAAAGGGGUCGCUUUCUCCUGGUUAAAAGAGAACAAUGUCCUCUCUUUUCUCCCCUCACAAGUGAGCGUCUCCAGUUUGAAUUAUGUAAUUUGAUACGACGUAGAACCCGUCCACUAACCAUGCCUCAGGAAGGGCGACUUACACUCAGACUAUUGUCCAGACGGUCCACGCUGAGACAACCCCCACAUGCUCUCAUUUUCCACUCAUUCCUCAUGUAUGCUCUCCUAUUUGAUCUUACCCUCAUCCCUCUUUCUCUGUGUUCCUGCUGUCUGUCUUUUAACCCGAGUCUGAUCCCUCAUAUUGUCUUAUUACCUGCGAGCAAACAAGAUGCAUUGUAAUGUAUUUGUCCAGUGACGCUGGCUCUCCAGUAUGUCAAUGCAGAGUCCGGAUUGACCGCCUCAAGGCCGGUACACAUACAUGCGGAGCUUUUGUUGGUGAAACUGGGAGAACAAGUCCAACCACACCGGCCCCUGAGAGGCUGAAAGAGCACAAAGAGAUAAGCAGGUGAGGAGGAAAAGGAGAGGGUGUAGAGUGAGUAGGAAAGUACCAGAUUCUCUCAAGGGAGUCAAAACUGAUUUAUAGCUGCUACAAAGGUCGACUUUAGUGAUUUCAGUUUCUUAUAUGAAACACAGGUUAAUCUUCAGAGAUUGUGCUUUCUGUAUUGAAACACAACAUUUACAAUAAUCCGACCCAAGUCAUUUUGUCAUGGCCCUUGGGUCAGCGGUUUGGAAUGGGCAGCUCCCUCCCAUUCACACCUCCCAUCUGCCAUCACAGACCGAGAAACAGGAAGUCAUUUGCCAUCAUAAUCAGUAGUGCGGGCAUGAGGACUGAACUAGAGUGAGCAUGGAUUCAGGAGCUGCAAAGUGAAGUUUCAGGUGGACAAACAAACAGAGCACCUUACCCCCCCACCGAGCCCUGUAACCAAUGGCAACCUCAGUCCAAACACUUCCUCUGACCCGUGGCCCCAAAAAAACCUUCCGUAACCCGCUGCCCCUCUCGUCCCGUUGCGGCAUGGGAAGUGUAGGCAGUCUGGUGGAGAGGCCGGACCUGUCUCCGACUAAAAGCAGCCGUGCAGUUCCACAGGUGAGACCCAAACAGACCAACGGCCUCCUGAAGAAAGGCUUCACCCAGAGAGAGCUGCUCAACUACCUCAACAUCACCAGGAGAGAGCCUAAAACAGGCGCUGACGGGAAGAAGGACGUUAUCCCUGGCCGUGAGGAGGACAACUUAUACGCCAAGGUGUACCAUAAAGACGGCACAGAAAUAGAUUUGACUAAGAACUCCCUGCCAAGUGCAGGCAAGUAUGAAAAGGCUCGAUUAAGGUCUGCCUUCAAGCCUGUCACACCGAAAAACUUCAGCUCCAUGCAAAACCUCUAUCCCUCUUCCAAGUCUGAGGAUGUGGACCAUGGCCUUUCCAAUGGGCUGCACAGGUCUUACGCCCAUGUCCCCAAAGCUGUCUCCACCUCCUCCUCCUCUUCCUCACCCUCCCGCCAUGGAGCACCAACAUCCAGUGGUAACAAGGCCAUCUCCUCGGUGCGUGGGAUUAGCCAGGAGGAUGAUAAUUUGUCAGACUCGGGCCAUAACUCCAUGAACAGCCUUCCGCCAUACCGGCCUCCUUUCCGCCCACACCUGUCUCACAUCAGCGCAUCUAUGGGACACAUCAACACCAUCAGCUCCCUGGACCGCACCUCUCUGGGCCAGAAGGGUGUCGGGCCAGGGGGCGUGGCCAUAGGAGAGAUGGCCUGUCGGAGCAUGGCCACCCUGAGCCGUCUGGCUCCAUAUGGAGGAGAGGCUCCUCCUCCUUAUGAAUGGACUCUCUCCCUGUCCGUGGAGGAAGUGGUCCGUGAUCUGGAGGAGCGGCUGGUGGAGAAAGAGCACGAGCUGAAACAGAUGAAGAGAAACCUAGAUGAGAGUGAGGGCGCCAUCGCCCAGGUUUUCGAAGGGAAACAGCGUCUGUGGGAGAAGGAGGUGGACGAGCUGAAACACCUGUAUGCUGCCAAGCUGCGCCAGGUUUCCCAGCAUGCCCAGCGCUCUCAGCGCACCUUGCAGUUGCAGCUGUUUAAGGCCCAGCAGGAGAAGAACCGACUGCAAGAGGAGCUCGACAGCCGGAACAGAGAAAGGAGCCAGGAGGCUGGAGCCAUGGUGAAGAGAACCAGUCCCACUCUGGAGGAGACGCAGUGGGAGGUUUGCCAGAAGUCAGGGGAGAUCUCCCUGCUGAAGCAGCAGCUGAGGGACUCCCAGGCGGAGGUGACCCAGAAGCUGAGUGAGAUCUUCCAGCUGAAGACGCAGCUCAGGGAGACGCGCACAGAUCUGCGCAACAAAGAGGGCCAGAUGGAUGCACUGAAGCUGGUCCUGCAGGGGACGCAGCGUCGCAGGUGCUCCUCUCAGCCUGCACAUGAGGACGGAAAAGGAGCAGAGGAGAAUCCUUCAGCUGGGGCAACAGGAGUCUGCGGGGGCCCCACAGAGGAGCGUCUGCGCGCAGAGCUCCUGCUGGAGAGACGCCAGAGCGAGGGCCAGGCCAUGGCUUUCGAAGAAGAGAGGCAGACAUGGCAGACAGAAAAGGACAAGGUCAUCCGCUACCAGAAGGAGCUGCAGGCCAGCUACUUAGAGAUGUACUACCGCAACGAAGCGCUGGAGAAGGAGCUGCACCAGCUGAGGGCAGGCAGAGAGCAAGAGGGAGCAGGAGGAGCAGGAGGAGGGAGCAGAAAUGGGACACUGGAAAGAGAAGUGCCAGAGCUGAGGAGUGAGAGAGAGGCUGAAAAACAAGACGACAGACCUUCCUCUGGUUUGCCGUGGAUAGACAGAAUUGAAUCAUCUGAAAUUUGAAUGUGCCAGACUAACCGGUCUGGCAGUGUGGUUUCUACCGGAGUCCAUGUGCCUGCCAGGAAAAGGGAAAAUAAAGAGUUAACCAAAUUGUGAGGAAAGUACACCUUUUUUACUCACUAAGCAAACAUUUGAUGGAAUUCAUUUUGACAGGCAUCUAUAUGUUUAAAGAUUCCUAGUUGGUAAAUGAUUAGAUUUAAUAACUAGUUUAAAUGCUUUAUUCAAAUCAUUUUUUCAACAAAAUGAUUCUGUCCAAGCUCAAAUUCUUGAUUUACUAUUUAAAGUAUUUCAAAAUGUCAAUUUGUUGAUACAUUAACUCAGGUCUAAGAUAAUAAUAUAUCAAAGGUCUGACUUAAUAUCUCUCUGACUUUGUUGAUGAUUUUAAAUGUAAUCAUACAUUUAUUUUUAUAUUCUCUUCUUCUUUUCCUGGCAAAAAAGGGCUUCCAUAGUUUCCGGUCUGUUGGCCAUUCUAUGCUUAUUAAUCCUUGUUGGUUUUAAUAAAGCCCUACUCCUGCAAAGACUGAACCAAAAAUCUCCAACAGAGCGCACUAAAGCCGGGGGUCGCUGCACAGAAAUAUUGUAAUCUGUCCUAGCAGAGGAUUGGUGUCAAUGUUGUAAAAAGGACACAGCCUGCUAUCCAACAACAAACCUGUAAAUGAGCAAAUUGAUAUCCUGUUUGUGUUCAUUUGGAAAUUACAUUUUGGUUUGGACUGCUGUAUAGUCUAGUCAGUAACAAAGGGAUUUAGUUUGGCCCGGUAACAUUUCAGCAGCACAUGUUAAGUGGAUUCACCUGGGCUCUGUGAGAGAAGCUGCAUCUCUGGGUUAAGUAUCAAGGAUUAAAGUGAUCUAGUGGAACGUUGAACUUUUUCUCAUUCACCUUCCAGCUCCUGUCAGGUGAGUUCUAUAUAUUUUGUACGUAAUGCAAUUUGUUUUGGCCUUUUUUCAUUGUAUUUCCAGCACAAUGCUGUCUUAAAUGGGCACAUUUUCAUAUCGUCUUUUGAUUGCAACGAAAGCGAUCAACAGAUAAGGAAGCUGAACACGACUGCCCUGCUUGGUGCCAUUUGUUGCACAUCCCCAGCCAAUAACAAUUAAAUGCAUGACACAGGUGACAUUGUUCUCUUGUAUUGUUUAUUAUUCACUUAUGAACAUUCAAAAGCCAGCUGUCAACCGACCUUUCAACAUACUGUGACUCUUGUCUAUUUACUGGAAUUAAAACUGUUCAGUAUAAAUGUAUAUGUUUGUUUUUGGAUUCAUAAUAAACAUGUAUGAAGUGUUAAAUGUGGCAUUUGUGUAAA